AUGGGUCGUCUCGCUGGAAAGAACGCCGUCAUCACUGGCGCUGGAGGUGGCAUUGGUCUUGAGACCUCCAUUCUCUUCGCCAAGGAGGGCGCUUCCAUCCUCAUGUCCGACAUCUCCCAGCCUGCACUCGAAAAGGCCGCCGCAAAGGUCAAGCAGCUCGUCCCCAAUGCUCCUCGCGUCGAGAUCCUCAAAGUCGACGUCUCCAAGGAAUCAGAAGUCCAGGCCAUGAUCGAGUCCCUCGACUCCUGGGGCGGCAUUGACGUCCUCUUCAACAACGCCGGCAUCAUGCACGCCCAGGACGACGACGCCGUCAACACCCCCGAGAACAUCUGGGACCUCACCCAGAACAUCAACGUCAAGGGCGUCUGGUUCGGCUGCAAGCACGCCGUCCUCUCGCUGCGCCGCAACAAGAAGACAAAGGCCUCCAUCAUCAACACCGCCUCCGUCGUCGCCCUCGUCGGCGCCGCGACACCCCAGCUCGCCUACACCGCUAGCAAGGGCGCUGUCCUCGCGCUCACCCGUGAACUCGCCAUGGUGCACGCCCGCGAGGGCUUCAGGUUCAACAACCUUUGCCCUGCGCCGCUUAACACACCGCUCCUGCAGGACUGGCUCGGUGAUGAUAAGGAGAAGCGUCACAGACGUGAGGUUCACUUCCCUAUGGGGCGGUUUGGUGAGGCUGUUGAGCAGGCGCAGGCUGUUUUGUUCUUGGCGAGCGAUGAGUCGAGCUUUGUCAAUGGACAUGACUUUGCGGUCGAUGGUGGUAUGACCAAGUGCUAUGUCACUGCUGAGGGACCUGCGCAUCCUCCUCCUGAGAACAAUGCUACCAAGGACUCGUUGUAA